CAAAUAGGUACACCAAGUCUUUGCUACCAGCGAUUCCAGCUAAGAGAUACAUCAGAUUGAUGUACCACGAUAAUAUUCAUCAUCCUAUACACCCAUCAUCUGGCUGACGGGGUCACAUUAGCUAUACUUGAAACACGUAUCCCCGCUGCUUCUCUAGAAUUAUACUCAACAAGCUUCCGAAGUUCGUUAUUGAUAACAUUACAUCUGGUCUUUUACUCCUUCAGAAAUCACAACUAUAUCCACAGUCUAUUCCUAAUAAAUUAUGUCAGCACAACCCCUCGACUGUGAAAUCAUGAUCUCAUCUACGCCGUCUGAGAAUGCGGAAUUCCAGAAAGCUCUCCUGGAACUUUUGGCAGUCCAGCAAUUUCAAGACGAAGAUUUCAAGAUCCCCCGAAAGAUCCUCAAUGUGAACCACAUGUCGUUAAAAGACCUCACGAUUAAACCAGGAGACCCACACUUUGUUAUCUGGUUUACUAUUGCAACAUACUUCCCUAUCAUCGCUGCCUGUAUGGGACCAUUGGCCAGUAUGACCUCUAUCGCUGCUUUGGUCCUGAACUGGCGCAGAAGUUCUGUGUCCAAUACCGAUAUCAAAGAUUACCACUGGGUAACCGCUCUUAACGCAGUUUCUCUAGCCUUAGGCUUCAUUGCAAACUUUUCCCUUUUGCUCAACUUUUCACAGCGCUUUGACUACAAACGAGCUCAGAUAGUAUCCAUCUCUGGCUGGUUUAUAGCUUCCAUCAUCCUUAUGGUUAUCUUGCUUCUCACACAUGUCACUUCCUUUCGUGAAAAUAAGUAUUCUCCCACUGAUUCUUUCUGGUAUGGCGUACUUACAGCGAUAAUCUAUAUGACAUCCUCCUUGGUUCUCUCUGUCAACUUUAUUGGUUACUUGCUAGGAAAGUACUCUGCUAGGUUUAACUUGGACUCGUACCAAAGGUCGCUUAUGUUCCAGACCCUCCUUCUUUCCACAUGGCUUUCUAUCGGUUCCGCAUUCCUCUCACACUUGAUGAGCCACAGCUAUGGUGUAACGCUUUACUACUGUACGGUAACCAUCCUCACCAUUGGGUUAGGCGAUAUUACCCCGAAAACACAUGCAUCCAAGGGUUUAACACUUGUAUUUGCAUUGAUUGGGCUAUUGAUUUUGGGCUUGAUUAUAUCCACCAUUAGAGAUAUCAUUCUUUCAGAUCACUUUCCAACGAUGAUCUGGAACCAUAUUGAACGCGAGCGGCGCCGGGCCUUUGCGGAUCACGAGAUUGAAUGCACCGAGGAGGAAAUGUUCGAUAUGAUGAAUACCAUCAGGGUGCAGAAACUCCGCAGUCAGAAAUACAUCUCGUUAAUCGUCACUCUAGUGACCUUCAUUUGUUUUUGGAUGCUAGGAGCAGUAGUGUUUCACUGCACUGAGGGUUGGCCAAUCUUUGAUUGCGUCUACUUUUGCUUCUUGUGUCUUUUGACCAUCGGGUACGGGGACUUCGCCCCCGCGACCGUCGCCGGAAGGCCGUUCUUUGUUGUUUGGGCACUCAGUGCGGUCCCUUUGAUGACAAUGCUUAUUUCUAACAUGAGUGACACUCUUAUUUCUUCGUUUGGGAAAUAUACUGAACGUUUCCAAGAAUUGAUUGGAUGGCCACUGCAAUUAGUUGGAUUGGUCAAACUGCCUUCUACGCAAGUGGGGAGACUGAACCCAGAAAUGUUUCAAAAUAAAGAACGUGUGGAUGAAGGAAUCAAAGUAGCUUAUGAUCAGCUAGCUACGUUGUUGCGAAAUGAUACCAUUACAAGCGAUAACACAGACAAGAGUUCCAUGACAAAUAUUAAGCGUGUGAACACCAAUGUUCAGAAAUUCAUAGAUGAUUUGGGUCCAGACUAUGGAAGCGAGGCUGACGAUGAACUUGAUAAUACUGAAGAUUUACUUGACCUUGUCAAAAUCAUUUACCAUGUCCGAAAACUUCUUAUCACCAUGUCGACCGAUGAAGCCCCACGACACUACCUGUACAAUCAAUGGCACUCCCUCUUACUGCUUAAUCCACGGUUAAGAAAGGAUCCCGGGGAGGACAUUGAUCCUAAUUUCUGGAUCAGCAAACUGUCGCCGUUGAAAUAUCCUAUUAACGAAUCGGAAUACUUUUUGUACCGAUAUCUUGAAGCGUUACAGCAUAAGAUUAAUUUGAUUGUGAAGAAACGGUUGAUUAGUUACUCGAGACCCGGAUUUAUUGCUGACAACGAGUGGGGGAAUGACGAAAAAGCUUCUGUGAUUACUUCUAAUAAGAAAAACAAUUAGAAGAGACCAGCGGAUUCCCCAAGAAAUUUCUGGACAGUAAAUUGAGAGAGGUGGGUGAAAGCAAGUGUUGACCCAGUCCCUGUCCUAUAUCAUGGCCAGCAUGCUUGGUGUAGUGUGUAUGUUGCAAACCUUUGAUCUAUUACGCUAUAGCAAAUCGCUGUAAAUGAAUUUAACGAGCUAUAAUUUAAGAGUCGGAGUAAAGCAAACUUCCAGGUCGCGUGCAAAGGUU